AUGAACCGUGAGAUACCGGGCUUUUAUUAUGAUCCGGAGAAGAAGAAAUACUUCAAAAUCCAAGCCAACCAUGCUGCGCCACCUGGAGCACAGUACUCCAAAGAAGCUGUCAAAAGGAAGCGCACAGAACAAGAGAAACGGCAAAAACGGGUUCAUCUCGCCCAGCGUUCAGCUCGCGAAAAGGUUAAGACAGCUGCUUUCUUAGACCAUCCGCUGAACAAUGUCCCAAGAGAAAUUGCAACCAAUCUGCUCUCUGGAAGUGCCAGGCGGGAGCAGCAGGCCGUUGUCUAUGCAAGUCAACUACAGCGGAAGAAGCUUCAUGAGUUUGAACCGUGGCCGGAUCAUUACUCUAUUCGCCAUGUCUUGCGGAACCCCAAGUCCGGAAUCUUGAUUGCCAGUGGAUAUCAUGGUGGCGACUCGUCCGUUUCAAUCUGCUUUCCGGAUUUUGAUGAAGAACAAUGGACAUAUAACCGAACCAUGGAGCGAGUUCUAUUCAAAGAAGCAUACCGACUUUCCUCCGUUUCUUUGAGCCACACGGGAUAUCUCCUAGCAACAAUGGACAGCGGACCAAACGGGGACUCUUUUCUCGCACCACGCAUGUUACCUGACCCGGACGAAGGCGGCGACUACCGCUGGCCCAUCUACUUCGCACAUCCUAUCCGCAUUCGCACCACGCCCUCGCUAUGGUGCUCCGCAGCCUGUCCAACAGGCAGCAAAGCACUGUUUGCCAUCGGCACCUCAGAUGGCCUCCAUACACUGGAAGGCUUUGGCAGCCACUGGACACUUUCACAGAAACCAUUUCCGGGCGACACCAAACCAGGCAGUCAUCGACGCAGUGACUCCUCUCAUGCCAGCGUUACUGCCGUCGAAUGGUUAUCGCAGGACGUUAUCGCCUCGGGUCUGAAGGACUCAACUGUCUUUCUCCAUGAUCUCCGCAGUGGUGGUAGUGCGACGCGGCUACAACACCCUCACUUCGUAUCCAAGAUUCGCAGGAUUGAUCCGUAUCGACUCGUUGUGGCGGGGCAUAACUCGCUCCAAAUGUACGACAUCCGCUACGCCCCCAAUGGCCUCCAACGGAAACCAAAACCUAACUCCCGCUCCCACACCUCCACACGCCCAUAUUUGACCUUCCCCGAAUACGAACCAGAUUCCAUCCAAGACUUUGAUGUGAGCAAUGAACUCGGCAUGUUAGCAAGUGCCUCCGACGAACACAAGAUUCAACUUUUCUCUCUACGCACCGGUGCGCAGGUUGCCUCUCCGCUGUCGAAAUAUCGCUACCCGCAGCCUAUACACUCGCUGUGUUUUGAGUCUAGUGAAGGCGCCCUGAAUAGGCAUGCGCCUCAAACACCUAGUCUAUUGGUAUGUGCGGGUGCUACUGUCGAUCAGUGGACUUGGUAG